UUUAAGAGCAUGUCUUUGAAUCGCACAAGAGAGAAAAGAUAUAAGAACUAGCCAGACUAAAAACUAAUUGUAAGAGCAACAAUGGAUGGCCGCUACAACAAUGAAGCAAAUAGAGACGAAGAAACAAGUCCUCCAGUGAGUCCACUAUCACAGAGCCUCAACAGUUCAAUCGUGUCGUUCAUCGUUCACGUCGUCUUCGAACUAGAAACACCGAUUACAGAGUUGGAGACACUAGAAUUUUUGCGCACCCAUUUGUUACCAGUAAACACUCGUUUUUCUUCGAUUAUGGAGAGGAACAAGAACGGUGUUUUGAGAUGGAAAAGAGUUGGUAUACGUGUCGAAGAUCAUUUAAUCGUCCCAACAUUCCCUAAUGGUUUAACUAGAGAAAGCUAUGAUGAAAAGUUGAGAGAAUACUUAUCAAAGAUAGGUUGUAAGAAUUUUUCACAAGAAAAACCAUUAUGGGAAGUUCAUUUAGUCAAGUACCCAAGUAUGAAAGGUGCUUGUACUAUGAUCUUUAAGUUUAGUCAUGCACUAGGAGAUGGGUAUUCAUUUAUGCGAGUUUUUUUCAAGUGUUGUAGAAGAGCUGAUAACCCUUCACUUCCUCUUACUUUUCCACAGUUGUCACUGAUAAAAACACAGCAGCAAGAUCGUGGUAAUCAAGUAAUAGGGUUAGGGAAGAAGUUGUUAGGGUGGAUGGGUAAAUGCAUAAACACAUCUUAUGAUCUGAUUGAGACUAUGCUAAAGACGUCGUUUUUAGAAGACCGUCCAUCUGCGAUCCGAUAUUCAGACACAUCGACGGAGUUAUUCAAACCUUUUAGUGUCUACUCAGUUACUAUUUCACUUGAAAGAGUCAAGCAAGUUAGAACCAAGCUUGGAGCGACAGUAAAUGAUGUAAUCAUCGGAUUAAUAUCGUAUGUGAUUCACUUGUACAUGGAGAGGAAGAAGAAGCGGAUGGAGCAGUGCGGUGAAGCAGCUGAUGGCCUGAUGAUGGACUCUAUUACUAAUGGCGCAUCAAAUAUGACCUUAUGCGUCAUGCUCAACACGAGGAUAUUUAAAGGUUCAAAGAACUUGGAAGAUAUGAUAAAGGCAGAGGCAUGGGGCAACCAUUCUACUCUUGUUUUCGCGAAACUACCAACUUUUCCAAAUGAUGAGCAAGUUAACCCCCUUGAUUUUAUAACUAAAGCAAAAAACACUAUGGACAAAAAGAAGAAUUCCAUGAUAUUUUAUCUUAUAGAUUCUAUUCUAAGUGCUGCAACACGGAUGAAGGGGCAAAAGGGGAUGGAUGAAAUGUUGUAUAAAAGCUUUGCAAACGCAAGCACGUCGAUGUCGAAUCUGAUAGGCCCAAAAGAGCAAAUAGCAUUCAUGAGUCAUCCUGUUAGCAGUUGUUACUACUUUACUGCUGGCAUACCUCAGAGUACUGUAUUUACAUCAGUGACAAACAUGGAUAAAUUGAUGGUUGUGGCAACAUUAGAGAAGGGAUUUAUUGAUACAAAACUUUUCACUUCUUGUAUGGAUGAAGCCUUUGAAAACAUUUUCCGAGCAGCUUUCGGUGAUAGUCAAGACAAGGACGACAGUGAAAUCAGCAAGAAAUCCGACUAGAUGAAAUCCUUUCAUGUCAUCUGCGUUAGAAGUUUAUGUGUUGGUAGUUUGCUUAGUACGUUCAGCAUCAUCCGGGAACAUCUGGAUAUUUUCCUAGUAUAACUUUACUUUUAUAUAUAAACAUAAAUAAUGCUUGUUGUUGCUGAAAACCUUCCUAUGAAUCGGCGUCACAUGUGACUCCAAACUUUUGAAAUGUAAUUUCUUAUUAGAUAACUCUAAUUGUAUUUUAUAUAA